UCCGGGAGGGCCGAGCUCUCGCGAGACGUCGGCGGCGCCGCGAUGGGGAGACAAUGCCGCGACACUGCUCCGCCGCCGGAUGCUGCACCCGGGACACGCGGGAGACCAGGAACCGGGGCAUCUCCUUCCACAGGCUGCCCAAGAAGGACAACCCCCGGCGCGGGCUGUGGCUGGCCAACUGCCGGCGGACGGACCCCAGCGGUCAGGGCCUGUGGGACCCGGCCUCCGAGUACAUCUACUUCUGCUCCAAGCACUUCGAGGAGAACUGCUUCGAGCUGGUCGGCAUCAGUGGCUACCACCGGCUGAAGGAGGGAGCGGUGCCCACCAUCUUCGAGACCUUCUCCAGGCUGCGCCGCACGGCCAAGGCCAAGUCCCACGCGUUCAGAGCCGCCUCGCCCGACCUCGCCGGGCUUCGGCGCCGCAGGAAGCGGUGCGCCUCCGGCGACGGCCCCGUCUUCCUCCGGCCCGGCGCCGGCUCCGCCCUCCCCGGCGAGAAGGUCCCGUCCCCCGCCGGCUCCGCCCCCGCCCCGGGGCGGCGGACGCCCCCCGGCCCCCCGCCGCCCGAGCCCGACGUCCCGUCGUCGUCGGACCCCCCGGGGCCGCCGGACCCCGGCGGGGCGGAAGGGGCCGCCCCCCCGCCCCCCGAGCCGGAGCCCCCGGCCCCCGGCUCCCCGCCGGCCCCCCGCCCGGUCUCCCCCUCGGCCUACAUGCUGCGCCUGCCGCCUCCGGCGGGCGCCUACAUCCAGAGCGAGCACAGCUACCAGGUGGGCAGCGCGCUGCUGUGGAAGCGGCGGGCGGAGGCGGCCCUGGACGCCCUGGACCAGGCCCAGCGGCAGCUGCAGGCCUGCAAGCGGCGGGAGCAGCGGCUGCGGCUGCGCAUCGCCGAGCUGCAGCAGGAGCGGCUGCGGGAGAAGCGGGCUCAGGCCGACGUGCGCCAGGCCCUCAAGGACCACCUGCACGGCUUCGAGCUGCAGCUCGGCGGCGCCUUGGAGUGAGGCCCCGGCCGCCCUCGGCGCGGCGCUUCGCCUCCGUCCCCCCGCCCCGGAUCCGGCCCGGCACACGCCGCGCGCUUAAAUACCCCGACCGCCGGGGUGAUUUUUAUCCCUGGGGCAGGGGCGGCCCGAGGCGGCAAGGCCCGGAGACCCUGGCUCUCGGCCCCGGGGCUCGCCGACCGGACAGCGGACUCCCCGCGCCGUCCCCGCCGCCCCGCCCCCGGACGCUAACCUUCGGCGGGCGCGGUCAGCCCCUACCCUAGAAGGAGGGAGGGCUUCCCGCCGCACGGGAGGAGGUCCGGCCCUUGCCGGACGCAGACCUCGGGUGGACGGGGCGAGGGGAGUAAAGAUAUCGGUGCAGA